UCAGCAGUAUCAUGUACCUUAGAGCAUUAAUAAUGUAGCACAUUACUAGGGGAAAGUACCAGAACUAGCAGACACACAAAACUACUUUUGCAGUUAGUUAACAAAAACACAAUAAUCUGUUUAUGUGCACAUGAUCUGGUGGAAUGAAAAACACAACUGGAAAAGCAAUAACAUAAAUGUACUGCCAUGAAGCUGCAAACAGGAGCAUAUAUAUUUUUACUUUUGUAGCUUUGCAACCUGCAUCACUCUCUGUACUUUUUUCUUCUUCAGUGGAUUGUUUUUUUUUCACUGGGCCCACCAUAACAUCGUAAGUACUGGAUAUUUCAAAAUGCAGAUGACUCUCUGUAGACUUCGCAAUCAUCAGUGGUGUUUCAUUCUGUUCAAUAUAUUGCUUUUUCAUGCCCUACUCUUUGGAACCGACUUAGUGGAAGAGUAUUUCCUGCAAUCAUCACCCAACACCUACACUGAUAUGAAUGUCCUUGAGAUCAGAGAUCAAGCUAGAAAGCUAGAUAUGGAGCUUAUAAAAAUGAAUAUUUCCAGGCUUUACCAUAUUAGUAACGCACAGGCAUGCUCUGGCCAAGACAUUUUUCUUCUCACGGUAAUUUUUAGCAAUGCUGAAAAUAAGACAAGGCGGGAUGCAAUCAGGACUACUUGGGCUAAUCUUACCAAUUUUAAAGGGUAUACCAUUCUAACUGUUUUUGCACUAGGAGAAGCUGGCCCUGAGUCAAGACAGUCAGAAAUUGAAGAAGAAUUUCAGAUCUAUGGAGACAUAAUCCAAGGAAAGUUUUUAGAUUCAUUUGAUAACAAAAUUCGCAAGAUUGUCAUGACAAUGGAAUGGACUGUGACAUUUUGUUCUAAAGCACGCUUUAUUCUGAAAACUGAGGAGGAUGUGUUUGUUAAUUAUGUAAGUCUAGUUGACUACUUGCUUAUCUUAAAACGGAACCCUGAAGAUCUGUACAUUGGUAGAGUCAUUCAUCAGCAGAUGCCCAUCAGAGAGCCACAAAGUGUUGGUUUUGUAUCGGUGACCCUCUACCCAGAAGAAUCCUAUCCUGACUACUGUAGUGGCACAGCCUUUGUGGUCUCACAAGAUGUUGCCAGAAAAGUAUAUGUUGUUUCGAAGAAGACUGCAGUUCCUGUUCCUCAUGAUGUUUUUGUAGGAAUAUGUGCUAACAAAGCUGGGGUGGUACCCACCCACAGUUCUAGGUUUUCUGGAGACAGACAUAUUAGCUAUAAUCGAUGUUGCUACAAAUUCAUCUUCACAUCUUCAAAGAUGGUAGGCGAUGAGUUUUUCACAGUUUGGAAGGAUAUUAAUGAUGGUAAAAACUGUAGUAUUUUUGAAACAUACUCUGGAUUAGUGUCUUGCAAGAUAUCAACAUAUCUGGACAAAUUCACUUCUAUUAAUUUUGAUUUACCUAAUAAGGAUGGUAUUCGUUUUAAUGAUUGACAUUUUAUUUUUGACUUCAACGUAUAUUCUGUAAACUGCAUUUCCUCUUAUUUAUAAAACAAGCUGCAAGUGUUACAUUGUUAAAAACUAGAUACUACAUAACAUAAUGCAAAAUAUAUAUAUAUAUGUAUUUUUAAUUAGACAAGUUAUUCUGAUUUUUUGACUAUCCAGGAUGUGCUGUCUGCCAAAGAAUUGAACUUAUAUUUUUUUCCUAAUUGUGCAGAUUGUGACCAUCUAACAUAUGUAUUGCAAAACAAAGUUCAGUAUUCUGCUGCCUGGAGAAAGCAAUCAACAUGCCCAUGAUAAAGUAUGCACUGUCCAUAAAACGCAGUCUCAUAACCACUGUAAAAUGUAAAUUACAGCUAUCAAAAUGACCACGAUUUUUUGUCCAUGCCGCUAACUUUUAAAAAUGAAACAUUUCUACCUACCUA